AUGUCGCAGCUCAGCGCUAGUCCGUGCGAGGAGUCCAUGGCCAUCCCGGAGCUCUUCGUGCAGUAUCUGAAGGCGAAGCAUUCGACAGACCACCUGGCCAUCGUUCGUGCCCAUCCUGUGCUAUUUACAGAUGAUGUCGUAGCGGCCCUGAAGGAUGCUCGUGCGCAGAUCAAUGCGACGUUCCUGGAUGUGAAGGAUGCCUGCCGAAUCAUCGAUGCCGUCUCUGGCAGCCUCCAAUACACGGGAACAAGCGUGGGGCUUCAGCAGAGCGAGGCCAAGGAGCUGCUGGACGAAGACGCGAUUCUCAAAAACUUUGCCACCUCUUUAGCGAGUCUCUUGACGGCACGAGAAAUGGCACGGCCACCGGGGCUAUCCGCAAUCUCUUCUCUUGCGACCGCCAGUCACGUCUCAAGCAGUCCGGUUUCGGGUCCGUCACACUCGCGGGGGGCGUGGUUCACGCAACCGUCUCUUGUUUUCACUGUUCUGGCUUUCCUGUCGGCAGAGGAAAUCUUUAUGACAGCAGAAAACGUCUGUCGAGCGUGGCAGACAUGGCUCUUCCUGCCGGACAUGUCCCGCUUUUUCUGGGUCGGGUGCGUGCAGCACGAGUUCCCACAACAGCUGCAGGUGCUGCUGCAGACCGCCGGCGACGAUCUCUACCAGGGCGACUGGCGGUCGCUUGCCAUGCUGUGCGUGACGGAAGCGGAGCAGGCGGCAGAAGCGGAAGAGGCAGAGGAGGCAGGGAAAGGAUGA